CACCUCAGCUAACCAUCCACAAGAAGAGAAAUAGAAACACUCUUUUCCCUUGCUUGUAACGCAGUGCAGCAAAGGUCACUUACAUGGCGACUUCCAUGGGUUGCCUCGCCCUGCUCUGCCUUGUUUCUCCCCUCCUCCUUGCCGGUGCCGUCCACGGCCACCCGUGGGGCGGCUUGUUCCCUCAGUUCUACGACCAUUCGUGCCCCAAGGCAAAGGAGAUUGUGAGGUCCAUUGUGGCACAGGCCGUCGCCCAGGAGACCAGGAUGGCGGCCUCCUUGGUCAGGCUGCAUUUCCAUGACUGCUUUGUCAAGGGUUGUGACGCUUCCGUGCUGCUGGACAACAGCAGCAGCAUCGUGAGCGAGAAAGGGUCCAACCCCAACAGAAACUCACUCAGAGGGUUCGAGGUGGUCGACCAGAUCAAGGCCGCCCUCGAGGCCGCCUGCCCCAGCACCGUCUCCUGCGCCGACAUCCUCGCCCUCGCGGCCCGCGACUCCACAGUCCUCGUUGGUGGCCCAUACUGGGACGUGCCGCUCGGCCGGAGGGACUCGCUGGGUGCAAGCAUCCAGGGCUCCAACAAUGACAUCCCAGCCCCCAACAACACCCUCCCCACCAUCAUCACCAAGUUCAAGCGCCAGGGCCUCAACGUCGUCGACGUCGUUGCCCUCUCCGGUGGUCACACCAUAGGUAUGUCUCGGUGCACCAACUUCCGGCAGAGGCUGUACAACCAGACGGGCAACGGCAUGGCUGACGCCACGCUGGACGUGUCCUUCGCGGCGCAGCUGAGGCAGGGGUGCCCCCGCUCUGGCGGCGACAACAACCUAUUCCCCCUGGACUUCGUCACCCCAGCCAAGUUCGACAACUUUUACUUCAAGAACCUCCUGGCCGGCAGGGGCCUUCUCAGCUCUGACGAGGUUCUGCUAACCAAGAGCGCCGAGACAGCAGAGCUCGUGAAGGCAUAUGCCAAUGAUGUCAAUCUCUUCUUCCAGCACUUUGCACAGUCGAUGGUGAACAUGGGCAACAUCUCGCCACUGACCGGGUCACAGGGGGAGAUCAGGAAGAACUGCAGGAGGCUCAACAACAACCACUGAGGCGGCCGCUGAGGUUGCUUUAUGUGCUGAUUGUAUGUGAUGUUGGUGACAUAUUUUGUUCAAAUAAGCAAGCAAGGCUGUUGUUUAUCAGCUGUAAUCACAGUGUAAAAUGUGUAUCUAUUAAUAAUUUAAUAUAUAAGAUGAGUUCAUUUGGUUGCUA